AUGAAGAUCCAAAUGUCCGAGAUCACUUUUGUCCGCGAGAUCAAGCAAGCUUCCUGCGUUUCCACUUUUCUUGUUAACUGGAGUGAUAAGCUGUGCGUCUUGAGAGUGCUUAACCGCACUGAAAACCCCCCAAUCCCCCAUCAAAUUAUACCCCACCACGAUCCAUUCGAGUCAGAAAGCCAAGCCUAUAAGAAACUCAAAGUCAAGGGCGUGUGUCGCCUAGGUUACGUUCCCGAUUUCUACGGCGUGAUCGAAGACAUCAAUUCCGCGGACCACCUGCCUCACCUACAAGACUUCCUUGGAAAGAGGCUGCAUCCCGGCGCUGUUCUAAUCGAAUACGUGCCCAACAUCCAGCCCAUCAAGUUACAGACCAAGUUUCCCAUCCGAGAUAAAUUCAACGAGUUCGCGUGCGCCUUGAAGCACAUCCAUGACGUCGAAAUUGCCCAUGGAAGCCCUUGUCCGCGACACAUGAUGGUUCAGGAUGGCACUGGCAGGACCGUUUGGAUUGGUUUCACGUGGGCUCGCAUUAUCCCAGCUGCCUUCUGUACUGAGAAGGAGAAAGAAUUGCUGACUUUGGAAAAAAUACAGGUGCAACUGCAUUUGAAAGAUUGGCUGGAGGAGCAGAGAUUGCCAGCCAUUACCGUUACAGAAGGCCUUUGA